GAAAUCGAUGUACACCGAUGCCACAUGGGCCCAGCACCUUCCUUCCAGCCAGCCAACAGCCAACCGCGCGGUGCCGUGUCCGUCGUCCUGCUCCUCGUGUAUUUAUCCUUCCCACGCUCCCACUCCUCUCCCCGUCCUCCUGCGCACCUAGCUCACACACCUCCCUCCUCCUCCAGAGCCAGCGCCACCGCUUCCUCCACACCACAAGAAGGAAGGGCAGCAGCUCCGUCGUACGCAGCACAGCGACAGCUCAAGUAGUCCAGCCGGCAGCAAUGGCGACGUCGCGGGCGGACGUGGAGAAGGGCGGGUCGUCGCCGAGGAAGCAGGACAAGGGCAAGGUGCCGGCGCCGCUGUACCCGCAGCACGAGGGGGAGCGGGAGUGGACGCCCUGGCUGGUGCCCUCCAUCCUCGUCGCCAACAUCACCGUCUUCACCAUCGCCAUGUACUACAACAACUGCCCCGCCCACAACGCCAAGCCGGGCCGCGACGGCCACUGCGUCGCCGGCUUCCUCCACCGCUUCUCCUUCCAGCCCCUCCGCCAGAACCCGCUCCUCGGCCCCUCAUCCGCAACGCUGGUUAAGAUGGGCGCGCUGGUGUGGGACAAGGUUGUGCACGGGCACCAGGGGUGGCGCCUCUUCUCCUGCAUGUGGAUGCACGCCGGCGUCCUCCACCUCGUCGCCAACAUGCUCAGCCUCCUCUUCAUCGGCCUCCGCCUAGAGCAGCAGUUCGGAUACGUUCGGAUCGGCGGCAUCUACCUCAUCUCGGGGGUGGGCGGGAGCGUGCUGUCGUCGCUCUUCAUCCGGAGCGCGGUGUCGGUGGGCGCCUCCGGGGCGCUGUUCGGGCUGCUGGGGGCGAUGCUGGCGGAGCUGGUGAGCAACUGGACCAUCUACACCAACAAGGUGGCGGCGGUGACCACGCUGCUGUUCGUCAUCGCCGUCAACCUGGUGCUGGGCAUCCUGCCGCACGUCAACAACUUCGCCCACAUCGGAGGGUUCCUCACCGGGUUCCUCCUCGGGUUCGUGCUGCUCAUGCGCCCCCACUUCGGGUGGAUGGAGCGCUACCGCCUCCCCGCCGGCAGCCCCUGCACCGCCAGGAAGUACCUCCCCUACCAGUGGGCGCUCAUGGCCGUCGCCCUCGCCCUCGCCGUCGCAGGAUUCGCGAUCGGGCUGGCCAUGGUGUUCCGCGGCGCCAACGCAAACAGCAGCUGCGGUUGGUGCCACUACCUCAGCUGCGUCCCCACCGCGAGCUGGACCUGCGCAAACUGAGCACCACCACCAACGCACACACACAUGCAUGAGUGCAGCAGAGAGCGCUUUCCCCGGGCGUCAUGAAUUCUUCCAGCCCCACAACAUAUUGUCCGCUUCAUAUUUGUAGAUAGAAAGGCUCCUUCCUGCCUGAUUGGUUAGACAAGGCUCGUUGGGGUCUUUAUCUCUUUCUUCUUGUCCAUUUGAUUUAUUCUUUUGUAAUGAAUGAGAAUUGUUUCGAGAGUCAUCUGUCCUACCA